GGAAUUCGCCGCCUCCGCAUCGCGAUCGAUCCAUCCAUCGAGCUCGCAAGCAAAGCUAGGUGGCUGUCACAGUGUCGCUCCCGGGUCCCGGCCUCUCCGCUCCAGUCCCCGUGCGCGCGCUCUCCGCUCCGGCGAUGACGGCGGCGAAGCCAGCGGCGCGGCGGUACGCGCUGCUGCUGGCGCUGUGGGACUCGGACUACGCCAGGAAGGCGUACGGCGGGUACCACAACGUCUUCGUGUCCGCCCUCGGCGGCGACGGCGGAGGCGGGGAGAGGUGGGACUGCUUCCGCGUGAUCGGCGGCGAGUUCCCGGCGGCGGAGGACCUGGCGUCGUACGACGGGUUCGUGGUGAGCGGGAGCCCGCGGGACGCGCACGGCGACGAGCCCUGGGUCCGGCGCCUCUGCGCGCUGCUGCGGACGCUCCACGCCAUGCGGAAGCGCGUCCUCGGCGUCUGCUUCGGCCACCAGGUGCUGUGCCGCGCGCUGGGCGGGACGGUGCGCAGGGCGCGCAGUGGAUGGGACGUCGGCGUCAGGAAGGUCACCUUCGUCCAGGGCCACGACGACCUGGCCGGACUUUUGCCGCCGCCAUUCCUCGACGACGACGAACUUCCCCGGAGCGCCUCCAUCAUCGAGGUUCACCAAGACGAGGUGUGGGAGAUCCCGCCGACGGCGAGGGUGCUGGCGUACUCGGAGAAGACGCGAGUGGAGGCGUUCGCGGUGGGGGAGCACGCGCUGGGCAUCCAGGGGCACCCGGAGUACACCGUCGACAUCCUGCACAACCUCAUCGACCGCCUCACGGACCAGAACGACAUCCAGAGGAGCGUCGGCGAGGAGGCGCGGCGGACGGCGGCGGAGACCGGCGGGCCGGACCGCGCGUUCUGGACAGCGCUCUGCAAGGGAUUCCUCAGGGGAGGAGGAAGCAGAGCAAUAGACGACGGCUGUGGCGGCCGGCUCGCCGCGACGGAUGCGCCGGAGGAGGUGGUGGCUGGCCGCGCCGUCGCCGCCGCCGCCGCUGCCAGCUGCUUCACCGGCGCAGCUCCGAUGGUCCAGCUGGCCUGCCGCGCCAGCAUCAACUAGUCGUAGUUGGGUAAUGGGUACGGGUGCAUUGGAGCUGGUACGUACUAUUACAGACGUGCCUUGUCGCUGCAUGCUUGAUUGAUGCAGUACUUAAUUACGAUGCUUGGCAUGGCCAUGCAUGCAUGCAGUUUCGCUACUGCGAGCAUGACUAUUUUUGACGACGUGUACUGUGUACACUGUACUUGUACUAACGGCCGGUGAAGUCAGGCCUCGUUUACUUCACGAAAAUUUUUAAGUUUGUCUAUUAAUUGUAGCAUUUUUGUUUA